CUUAUAAACAACUUCCUUCUUUCUGUUAGCAAAAUAGCUUGAGACAGUAAAGUACACAGUGAAGUACACAGUAAAGUACAUUUUAUUUUUUAUUUAUUUUGUUUGUAUUUACCUGAUCAGGUGCUGCCCUGACCAACAUGGCGCCGUCAGUGAGGCACUGCGCGGUGUUCUUCGGCCUGUAUCCCUCCGCCGGCCUGCUGCUCGUCUAACGGUCAGCUCAGAUGAAGCUCCCCGGCUUCGUCCUCCUCCUCUGCGGCUGUUUGCGGAGCUUUUCCCGCCUCCCGGUUCUUCAGGCAGAAGGCCGGCCCCUGAGGACCCCCAGGGUCUACGUGGCGGUCCACAGCGAUGCCGUGCUGCCGUGCGGUGCCAUCAUGGAGCCGGUGCCGCUGACUCGUGUGGUUCUGCUGGAGUGGCUGGGCCUGAGCGGGUCAGAACCGACUCUGUACGUCCUGGUGGACGGGAAGAAGAAGACCAAGGACCAGGCAGAGACCUACAGGGACCGGACGUCCCUGAAGGACGACGGCUCUCUGACGCUGCAGGACGUCCAGCUGAGCGACACCGGAGACUACAGGUGUGUCUUUCAAAUGGGAACUGGUUCCAGACGAGUGGAGGCUAACGUGGCUCUGGUUGUAGUCCAGCUGUCUGAGCCCAGCCUGAAGGUCCACCGGUCCAGAACCAACCAGCUGGAGUUGGAGUGUGAGUCCAGCAGCUGGGGUCUGCAGCUGACYGUCUCACUUCUGGAUGCACAGGGAGGAGUCCUCACGGACCGGACCGGGUCCGGGUCCGGGUCUGAGUCUGGGUCUGAGGCCGAGGUCGGGCCUGUGGUGUCGGUCCGGGUCAGAGUGGCACCAGCUGAAGGAAGUCAUACUGGAAACAUGACGUUUAUCUGCAGAGCCGAGGUUUCGGAGGUGCAGCUGAGGAAGGAGAACCAGAUCCGAAUCACCGACGACUUCAGGCCCACAGGUCCAGAAGGUUCUGAUUGGGCCCUCAUCAGUCUGACGGUCUUCCUGGUCCUCCUGGUCCUCCUUGGAGUUUUGAUCUGUUGUAAACACCGGAGGUGGAUCCUGGACCAGCUGUCAGGUUCACACACAGAUGUUGCAGAAUUCCAGGGAAGAAGUUCACCUCAGAAAGGUGGUCCACCUGAACACCCUCGGCUUCCAGAUCGAAGGUCCACUGAGACAACAGCUACAGAAUACAGAAACCUGGACCAGCUGAGGACAACUGGACCCUCUGAACUCACGAUCCGGGCCAACAAACUGGACCAGCUGAAGCCUCCCUUGUCGGGCGUUAAAGCGUCCCACCACCUGGCAGAGGAGGACCUGCAGAGGAUGUCCACCUACAGGGACGACAUCGUGGACGUGGGACGACAGCUCCACUUCCACCCUGCCCUGAUCGCUGCCAUCAUCUCCAAACAGUCCCGGGCCGGAGCCGCCCUGAGGGACACCGGGUUCGGGUUCGACGGGUCCAGCUUCGGGCUCAUGCAGAUCAACAAGGCCUACCACGCAGCCAAGGGCCAGCCUUWCAGCAGGGAGCACAUCGACGAGGGGACCACCUACCUGAUCCACCUCAUCAAGUCCACCAGGAUCCGCCAGAACACCUGGACCCCCGAGCAGCACCUGAAAGGAGCUCUGGUCGGGUACAUGAUCGGGAUAGAAAACCUUCGAGGUGGUCCUGAAGACUUGGACCUGCUGACACCAACCCAGGACUUCGCCAGUGACGUCAUCGCCAGAGCCCAGUUCUUCUCCAGGAACGGGUUCMGGGUCUGAAAGGUUCGGAAGAGAACUGCAUUCACCAAAUAAAAACAUUAGACUCCUGGUCUCAGAAUUAUGAGACAAGAUGUUAUAAUUAUGAGAUAAUGAGAUAUAAUUAUAACAUCUUAUCUCAUAAUUAUAAGAUCAGGAGUCGAUAUUUUUAUGAGCUGAAAGCAGUUCUCUUCUGUAGACAGGAUCUGGUUGUUGGUCCUCAGGACUGCACCGUCUGUUUUAUGUUUUAUCUGUUUUAUCUGUUUUAUGUUUUAUCUGUUUUAUCUGUUUUAUUUUGAAAUGUGAAAGGU